GCCACGUUUCCGAGCAUUUUCCCUCCUCCUCCUCCUCCUCGUACUUGGCUACGUCCUACGAUCACGCGCGGACGCGUAAAACGGCCCUUUCCCGCGACCGCGACCAUGUCCUUCCAGUUCGCCCAUUCGAGCGCUAUGCCGGAGCCCCAGAUCUCGCUCGACGCCCUGUACGACGUGGACGGUAUGGUGGCCGUCGUCACCGGCGGAGGCACCGGUAUCGGCCUCAUGAUGGCCAAAGCACUCGAGCACCACGGCGCGACGGUAUACAUCUUAGGCCGCCGACUCGACAAACUCAAAGCCGCUGCCGCCGAGCAUAACACGCACGGCAAGCUGCUCCCGCUGGUCUGCGACGUGACAUCGCAGUCGGACCUUCUCGCCGCCGUGUCCGCCGUGCAAGCCCGCCACGGGCACAUCAACCUCCUGAUCAACAACGCCGGCAUCGCGAAGAACCUCCUUCCGUCGAAUCUGGCACUGACGCCGCCGCCGCCGCCGCCACAACCCGCUACCACCACCAGCCCGACGCACCUCGCCCCGCCACCGCCGCCGCCGCAGCAGCAGCAAUGCGCACCGACAUCCGGGCGGCGCAUACAGUAUCCCACGCCUGACGCCACGCCCGACGUUUCGCCAACGGCGUCCCCCAAAACCCGGCACCACGACCUCUACUCCGACCGCUGCGCCGACUCCGACUCUGAAAACCGUGCCUCCUCUUCCUCUUCCUCAAGCGCGGCGGCGCCUUCUUCGCCCGGUGGUUCCGGUGCUCCUCCUUCGGGAAACAACGACCCUGCCGCAGCAGCGAUCGAGACGCUGCGGACGCAGCUCUGGUCGUCGGGCACGCAGGACGACUUUCAGGACUCGUUCGCGGUGAACGUCACCGCGCCGUAUUACGCCUCCGUCGCCUUCCUCGGGUUGCUGCACGCCGGGAACGGAAGCGAGUGGGCGCGCCGGACGGGCGUGUCGAGCCAGGUCAUCACCGUCUCUUCGGGCGGCGGCUUCCGCCGGGACGCGCGCGUCUUCUCGCUCUCGUACACGCUCUCGAAGGCGGCCGCGAUCCAUCUCGGGAAGCUGCUCGCGAACGUCCUCGCCGGCUGGGGCAUCCGGAGCAACGUCGUCUGCCCGGGCGUAUACCCAAGCGAGAUGACGGCGUUUAUGACGCCGGCGCAGGUGGCGGCCGGGUGCCCGAUGGGCCGCGCGGGCGAUCUGCAGGAUAUGGCCGGAUUGGUGCUGUUCAUGGCCGGCCGCGCGGGCGCGUACGUGAACGGGAGCGUGCAGCUCACCGACGGCGGACGGCUGGGUAUGUUCAGCGCGACAUAUUGAAAACGCACGCGAAGAAGACGAAGAAGACGAGAUGAAAAGAGGGUUUUGAGAGAAGACAAAAAGAAAGCAUGGAGGACCCGUUCCCUCCUUCCUCCCCUCCCCUCCCCCCCCUCCCCCGGGAACCCCCCCCCUCCCCCGGGAACGCAGCUGGCUGUCCGAAAUCGGGAGGGCUGCGGGGUGUAACGUAUUUUUUUGUGAAACGGGGGAAAUGUAUUGGCGUUUAGACAGAGACGAGUUGUACGUG